AUGUCAUCAAGUGUCUUUCACGAUUACUCUGGGUUUUCUAAUGCCACAACAUUUGGCGAAGUUUACAAUAACUUCAACCAAAUUGACCUGUUGAACUGGAUGGAAAAAUUAUGGGGGUCAUAUUAUUAUUACAUGGGCAAUGACUUGUUUGCCACCGGGUUGUUGUUUUUCACAUUGCACGAGGCUAUGUAUUUCGGUAGAUGUAUCCCAUGGAUGAUUAUCGACAGAAUUCCAUAUUUCAACAAAUAUAAGAUUCAGGAUGCUAAGAUUCCAUCGAACAAGGAACAGUGGGAAUGUUUGAAGUCUGUGUUAACAUCGCACUUUUUAGUGGAAGCUUUUCCAAUCUGGUUUUUCCACCCAUUGUGUCAACAAAUCGGAAUUAGUUUCGAGAUUCCAUUCCCAGAUAUAUCAUCUAUGUUGAUCCAAUUGGCGGUUUUUUUCGUAUGUGAGGACGCAUGGCAUUACUGGUUCCAUAGAGCCUUACACCACGGUGUCUUCUACAAGUAUAUCCAUAAGCAACAUCACAGAUACGCGGCACCAUUCGGAUUGACUGCAGAGUAUGCUCAUCCAAUUGAAGUUAUGUUAUUAGGAUUUGGUACUGUUGGUAUUCCAAUUGUGUGGUGUUUAAUCACUAAGAAUUUGCAUCUUUUCACCGUUUGUAUCUGGAUCACCUUAAGAUUGUUCCAAGCAGUUGAUUCACAUUCCGGAUACGAAUUCCCAUGGUCAUUACAUCACUUUGUACCAUUCUGGGCUGGUGCUGAUCACCAUGAUGAACACCACCAUUUCUUCAUUGGAAGUUACAGUUCAUCUUUCAGAUGGUGGGAUUUCGUUUUAGAUACCGAAGCUGGUCCUAAAGGUAAGUCUUCAAGAGAGCAAAAAAUGAAGACCAAAGCUGAAUCAAAGAAACAAUUAUAG